AUGAACUACAACUACGCCUACAACCCACCACCCCCCUCCUUCUCGACUCUCCUCCCGCCCCUUCACUCCUCUCUCAACCUGCUCUCCUCCUCCCUCUCCCUCCUCGACUCCUCAACCUCCGACUUCCCCCGCCUCUCCUCCGUCCUCAAAACCGUCCGCCACUAUGAGCUCAUCCCACAACCAACCUUACAAGCCGCCGAAGCUUCCCUCCGCGACGAGAUCGGCCCCUUUAUCGAGCUGCUACUAGAAAGAGUGGACAAGGAACUAGAAAGAAAGGGCCGAAGGGUAGAGACGCUCAAGGCUAGGUGUGAACUCAACGGAGGGAGGUUGUCGAAUUAUAAUCGGGAACAGAAGAGUGGUGCUGGUGCGGGAGGUAUACCAAAGAACAAGGAUAAGGAGGCUGGGGCUGGGGCCGGAAGGAAGAAGCUCAAUGGGGAGGCGGCGCUGAGAGCGAGAGUUGUUAGGCAAAGGAAGGAGGCGCUGAAGUAUAGUGUCGAGAGGCUGGAGAUGGAGGUGGCGCAGAAGGAGAGGGAGUUGAGGAUGAGGUUGGAGCAGCAGGGGGGUGGGCUGGCGCUUUGA